UUCACCGGCGGUGUCUUCACGUAGUGAGCGCACUGCAAGCUACAGACUGCAGAUGAGAGAGAGGCGCACUGCCCUGUGACGUCGCGAGCGAGCGAGGGACAGUAACGUUUCCGAGAGCGCGAGGAAGGAGAGGGAGGCUCCGCGAGCCGUCGUCGUCCGUGUGUAGCUGCCGUGUUUCUUUUUUUCCCCCGAUAUCACAUCAUAUAUAUUCAGUCCUGACUGGCUUCCACAGAGGAUACUCUCAUGAGCCGUUUAAUUGCCAUCGAUAUUUGGUAUUUAUUUUUUACCUGCAAGUCUUUUAGGCGACGGAAUCAUGGCAAGUACGCUAGCGUCUGAUGUUCGUGCAAUCUGCGAAAAACGACAGUCCGUCGGACGUUUGUAAACAGUGUGUGAACGUUUACGUCUAACACAGCUUCGUUUUUGCGUGUGCGCUUUAUUGAAUUUGUUGUCACUCGUUGUAAUCGAGCAAUACAUUUACGCGAAGCACAACUGUAUAUCUGGUUCUCUAAUUACUAUUAUUAUUUUUUUAUUUCCAAACCAUUCGACUGUUAUUAAAUCACGCGAAUAUUUAAAAGCAAUUGUGCAAGGUUAAUCUCGCACACAAGCGACGCACGCAAUAUUAAUCGUACAAGAGCAAUUUCACGCGCACGGAGACAGAAGUUUAACGCCUAGCGCGAGCAAUUAAAAGAGCAUAUUUAUUUACCUGUCGUCUUACUAGUACGCACACGUACACACGCCCGCGCACACACACACACACACAUACACGUUGGCUAUAUCAAGCAUCCCUUAAGGACCAUCUCCACAGACCGUUCCCAAAAGAGCCCGCACGACGCAGUGGAAGAAUGGCCCUCUCGUUUAUUCUGUCGCUUCUCCUCGGGUCUUUUUCCCUCGCCCCGGCCUCACGUAAUACAACCGCAGGUUGUGCUAUCAUUCGCCCGCCAAGAGAUGGAGGAAUCAGAUACAGGGGUCUGACCCAGGAACAGAUCCGCAGUGUUCAGGUGUUGCCGGUGGAUUAUGAAAUCGAGUAUAUCUGCAGAGGGAACAGAGUGAUCGUGGGACCAAAAGUCAGGAAGUGUCUCCCUGACGGCACAUGGACUGAUCUGAACCAGCGCAGCAAAUGCUUGCUGCCGUGUGCACGGGUGUGGACGUCUCUGGAGAACGGCCGUGUUACGGUUCACCCUCCAGGCCCAGCGGUGGAGGGCACCAUCCUGCACUACAGCUGUCUGGAGGGUUUCAUCCUGGUGGGCAGAAACAGCACACAGUGCACUAAACUGGGCAAGUGGGACUCACCCAAACCUGUCUGCCACUAUGACAGACAUUAUACAGGCAAGAAGAAGCUCUACAUCGGAGCCCUGUUCCCGAUGAGCGGCGGAUGGCCGGGUGGCCAGGCUUGUCUCCCUGCUGCCCAAAUGGCCCUGGAUCUGGUGAACAAGAGAACGGAUAUUCUUCCGGAUUAUGAGCUUGAAUUAAUCUACUAUGACAGUAUGUGUGAUCCUGGUGAGGCCACGAAGCUGCUGUAUGACCUGCUGUACACGGAGCCCAUAAAGAUCGUCCUGAUGCCAGGCUGCAGCUCUGUGUCCACACUGGUGGCCGAAGCCGCACGCAUGUGGAACCUCAUAGUGUUAUCCUACGGAUCCAGUUCACCAGCACUCUCCAACCGUCAGCGUUUCCCCACCUUCUUCCGCACGCACCCCUCAGCCACAUUGCACAACCCCACCCGUGUGCAACUCUUCCAGAAGUGGAAGUGGACCAAAAUCGCCACCAUCCAGCAGACCACCGAAGUCUUCACCUCUACUCUGGAUGAUCUAGAGCAGAGGGUGAAGGAGGCAGGCAUUGAGAUCAGCGUGAGGCAAAGUUUCCUCACGGACCCUGCUGUGGCCGUCAAGAACCUCAAGCGGCAAGAUGCUCGCAUCAUUGUGGGCCUGUUUUACGAAACGGAAGCCAGGAAAGUGUUUUGUGAGGUCUAUAAGGAGAAGCUGUAUGGGAAAAAGUAUGUGUGGUUUCUGAUUGGCUGGUAUGCUGACAACUGGUUCAAGAUCAAAGAUCCAUCUAUCAACUGCACUGUGGAGCAGAUGACAGAAGCUGUGGAGGGUCAUGUGACCACUGAGAUAGUCAUGCUCAAUCCAGAGACGGUGCGAGGGGCCUCUAACCUGACCUCACAGGAAUUCCUAGCACAGCUGAUGUCCAAGCUGGGUGGGAAGAAUCCAGAGGAAACCGGAGGGUUUCAGGAAGCUCCUCUGGCGUAUGAUGCGGUUUGGGCUCUGGCUCUGGCUCUCAAUAAGACAGUGGGGCCUUUGAAGGCAAAAGGACGGAGACUGGAAGAUUUUAAUUACAAUAACAAGGACAUUACUGCCGAGAUCUACCGAGCCCUCAACACCAGCUCCUUCGAGGGGGUUUCGGGUCAUGUGGUGUUUGACGCCCAGGGCUCCAGAAUGGCAUGGACCCUCAUUGAACAGCUGCAAGGAGGAAGCUACAAGAAGAUUGGAUACUUCGAUAUGACCAAAGGCAAUCUCUCUUGGUAUGGGAAUGACAGGUGGAUAGGCUCUGAUCCACCUGCUGACCAGACGGUAGUGAUUCAGAAGUUUAGAUAUCUGUCACAAAAACUCUUCGUCUCAGUGUCUGUUUUCGCUGGCUUGGGCAUUUUAAUGGGGAUCGUUUGCCUCACUUUUAACAUCUACAACAGCAACGUCAGGUACAUUCAAAACUCCCAGCCGUACCUGAAUAACAUGACAGCAGUGGGCUGUAUGAUGGCUCUGGCUGCAGUUUUUCCUCUGGGAAUUGAUGGACUGCAUGUACGCAACUCUCAGUUUCCUGUGGUCUGUCAGUUCCGCUUGUGGCUGCUUGGACUUGGCUUCAGUUUGGCUUAUGGAAGUAUGUUCACAAAGAUCUGGUGGGUUCACACGGUGUUCACAAAGAAGGAUGAGAAGAAAGACAAGAGAAAGCAGCACCUGGAGCCAUGGAAGCUCUAUGCCACCGUGGGAGUCCUGCUGGUUAUCGACAUCCUGUCCCUUAUGAUUUGGCAGAUUGUGGAUCCCCUGCACAUCACAGUGGAGAAGUUCACUAAAGAAGCACCUAAAGGGGACGUGGAUCAGCUGAUCGAGCCUCUGCUGCAGCACUGCAGUUCAGAGAAGAUGAACACAUGGCUUGGUGUCGUUUAUGGCUAUAAGGGUUUGCUGCUCCUUCUGGGUAUUUUUCUGGCUUAUGAAACCAAAUCUGUGUCUACUGAAAAAAUAAACGAUCAUCGAGCUGUUGGGAUGGCCAUCUACAACGUCUCUGUGUUGUGUAUGAUAACGGCUCCCGUCACCAUGAUUCUGUCGUCUAAGCAGGACGCCUCGUUCGCCUUCGCCUCGCUGGCCAUCAUCUUCUCCGUCUACAUCACUCUAGUUGUCCUCUUCGUCCCUAAGAUGCGGAGGCUUAUCACUCGUGGUGAGUGGCAGUCGGACCAGCAGGAGACCAUGAAGACUGGCUCAUCCACAAACAACAAUGAUGAAGAGAAAUCCCGGCAGCUGGAGAGAGAGAACAAAGAGCUGCAGAAGAUCAUCCAGGAGAAAGAGGAACGUGUAUCAGAGCUGAGAAACCAGCUGUCAGAGCGACAGGCCCUGCGCUCCAGGAAACGCCCCACCACCUCCAAUCAGAACCACAGCUCUCCAUCUCUCCCCGCUCCUCAGAACGAUCCCAGAUCUCUCCUCCCGCCACCAGGAUACCCCCUCCCUGCCUCCGACAAGCACUCCCUCCCUCCCACCUUCUCCAACUCCUCCACCCUCUACCAACCAGACGGCAAGAUCAACCGCAACAACUGCCACCCCGGCCGACUGCAGCUCCUCUACAAGUGAACCUGGAGGAACUGGGAUGAAAUGCAAGCGGGGACUCAGCGAACUGAAAGGGGGGAGAAAAACAAGCUACCUUGAUUCGCGGCCCACGAUUUUCCCCAUCUCCGCCCAGCAGAUGGCCUUGUUUGUUCCUUUUGUUUCUGACACUUACUGUGAUUCAUGGGAGGUUAUACACAGGAGGCUUGAGAAUCUGGUUUUGAUUGCAUCAUUUUGAUGUGUCACCGUAUUUGAAAACCACACAUGCUAUGAACCAUUUCAAUGUUCAAAUGAGUAACCCUCAGCUGAUUUAGACUCGGAAAAUUGUGGACAAAUGAUGACAUGCUAAAAUCAUCAUUAUUCCCUUAAAAUACUAAUAUUUUGGAAUCUAUGAAUAUUAUAAUACCACAAUUUUUCGAUAUGUUUUGCUUUUUUUGUUUAUAUUUCCUACAGUUCCUACAGUUCAAUCAGGUUGUCUGAAUAUAAGCCAUGACACACCAAGCUGACAUCGGACAACGUCAGGCCAUCGUAGAGCAUCAGUCAGACUAGUUUUUGUGGUGUGUUCAGCACCGUUGGCACUAUUCAGAUCUAUUGGGGGCUUUUUGGCCAAUUAAGCAUGUUGGAUCGACAUUCAUUGAGAGAGAACUCUGAUUGGCUGUUCGGUUUAAGAGAAUAAAAGCAAAAGUCAUGAAUGCAAGCAAAGAAGUCAAGAUGGCACAGACCAUCAAAUUUUUUGUCAUCUGACCUGAACAUCUAAUAACCAAAUAUUUUCAAAUUUUUCAUCUGGAUAAAAAAAACUGGUUUGUAUAUAUGCAGUCUUAGUUCUGGUUCCCCUUUCUGAAUGACAAAUACAGACUAUUGAUACACGCAGUUGUUUUGUACCUGCUAGCUGGCCAUUGGCUGUAGCCGUCGCAGUAUGUUUAAGCCAGAUGCGUCAACGUGAGGCAACAACAGUCAGCUUUCAUUGCUGCUAGUUUGGUUUGGUGUGUCAAGGCCUUAAAGGGAUAGUUCACCCAUAAAUGAAAAUGAAUUUAUGUACUCACCUUCAUGUCAUUCUAAACCUGUGAGACCUUCUUUAGUCCAUGUCACAUGGACUGUUUUAAUAAUGUCCUUACUACCU